CUUUUUUCCUUUGCGAUGUAAAACCGAAUCUGAUUCGAGCGUUAUCUGCAAUAAAAAAUAUUAAAGUUUCGUCAUUCGGGAACCAAAGAAAUUAUGGCAACUAAUUUGAUAAUGAAUCCUGUCAAACUGCGCUUUUACAAGGAGAGAUACGAGAAGGAAAACAAAUUGACAAGUGUGCGGGAAACAUUUAUGCCUACUAUUCGUACGAAAUCGUUAACCGGCAAAUUUUAUGCGAAACAUGAUGUUAUCCCAUCGUGGGACAUCCGAAAGGACGAUUUCGAUUUGAUCAAACGACAGGAAAUGACGCCCAAGGAUAUUUAUUCGUUUAGGCCACCGACGAUUAACAUGGAGUAUGGUUGGUUCUCCGCACCGCUGAUACCUUUCACGAAAGAUCCGAGAUUGCGUUUCACCAAGAAACAAUCGGAUUUUAUAACGCACGAACUCGCACGCCGGAAACUGCAGAGGAUUCCGGAGAAGAAAUUUGUCGGUGUACCGUUCAAAACAUGAAU